AUGGCUUUCGUGACUCAGUCGGCACCUGAUAUCUGCAAAAAGCUGCAGAAAUUAGAGGGUUUUGCCAGCAUGAACAUCAGCCAGUUAAUAGAAAUGGCAAACAAAGUUUAUAAUAAUAGAGAAGAGGCAGCUGAGACCACAGCCUUAGAAAAACAGAAAAGAAAAGCAGCACUGUUGACAGCUGCCCUGGCAGCCCCAGCGAAGGGCCUGCAGAAGAAAGGGCAGAAAGGCUAUUUUAAAGUAGACAAAGACCAGUGUGCCUACUGUAAGGAAAGAGGCCACUGGAAACGGGACUGUCCAAACCAAAAGCAGAAGGAGGAUCCAGUGUUUCCCUCAGCCCCUGGGAUCCUCAGUCUGGCGGAUGUAGGGCGCGACUCUCGGUUGUGGCUCUUAGGAGCUGAGUGCCUCCGGCACGUUUGGAAGAGUCCGCCCCUGCGCAGUUUUCUUUUCCUGCCACACCAUAUAUCUAAAGAGGCCUGGCUAGGUAUAUCAGGGGUAAUAAAUAAGUACCUGUCUGAAGGAAUACUGGUUCCCUGUCAAUCACAAUGGAACACGCUGCUCCUCUCCGUGAAAAAGCCAGAUGGGUCUGGGUACCGCCCAGUACAAGACCUCAGGGCUGUUAAUGAGGUCACCCUGACUCUGCAUCCAAUGGUGCCUAACCCCUACACACUACUGAGCCAACUUCCCCUGACUGCCUCGCAUUUUAUCUGCCUAGACUUAAAGGAUGCUUCCUUUUACAUACCUGUGGCCCCCGUAAGUCAACCAAUAUUUGCAUUUGAAUGGGAAGACCCCUACACUGGCACCAAGACCCAAUUGACCUGGACCCGGCUGCCUCAGGGAUUCAAGAACUCCCCCACUAUAUUCAGUGAAGCAUUAGCCCAGGACCUGAAACCAUUCUCAGAGCAGCAUUCUGGCCUUAUUUUGCUCCAGUAUGUGGACGAUUUGCUGUUGGCAAGGCCAGGGAGUUACAAGUGUCAGGAAGGGAUGCGGGCCCUGCUCCAGCUCCUGGCAUCCAAAGGCUACCGGGUGUCCAAAAGGAAGGCCAAGAUUUGCCAAAAGGAAGUUUGAUACCUGGGUUUCCGAAUAAGCCAGGGGCAGAGGACUUUGGGAACUGAGAGGAGUGCUGUGAUCAAUCAACAAUCCAGCCCAACGACUAGAAGACAGCUCCAGGGAUUCUUAGGAGCUGCAGGGUUUUAUCGAAUAUGGAUCCCAGGGUACACGGAAAUAGCAAAGCCGCUUUAUCAAGCCCUUAAAGGGGCAGAGACUGCUCCAUUUGAUAGGGGAAUGGAGCAACAGGGUGCUUUUGAGAAAAUAAAAGAACUCCUGGUUAGCGCCCCAGUCCUCGGCUUACCCGACCCCGAUAAGCCUUUCUCCCUUUACGCCCAUGAAAAGGAGAAAGUAGCCUUAGGAGUUCUGACUCAAGAAGUCGGACCAUGGGAACGCCCAGUAGCCUACUUCUCCAAGCAAGUGGAUAACAUGGCAGCUGGAUGGCCACCCUGCUUGCAGGCCAUAGCAGCUGCUGUUUCCCUCCUCCAAGAAGCUGACAAACUCACCCUGGGGCAAGAAAUUUGCUUAUAUAUGCCGCACACUGUACACAGCCUCCUUGAAGGGCAGGGACAUCGGUGGCUAUCCAACCCCCAGCUUACCCAGUACCAGGGGAUGCUGCAGGAAAACCCCCAAGUACGUCUAAAGGCAGUGUGCAAAAUCAAUCCAGCCACCUUCUUACCUGCAGAAACCGGGGAACCCGACCAUGAUUGUGAGGAGAUCAUGGAUCAGAUAUAUGCCAGCUGGCUAGAUUUAAGAGACCAGCCAUUGGCUCAGGGGGACCUCAACCUGUACACAGAUGGGGGCAGUACCAUAACUGAGAAGGGGGAGCAGAUUGCCAGGUAUGCAGUAACUACAAAAGACCAGAUCCUUGAAGUGGAGCCUCUGCCCUCUGGGUGGUUGGCACAAAGGACAGAACUUUAUGCCCUCAUUCGAGCCCUGGAACUAAGCAAGGGAAAAAGGGUCAACAUAUACACUGACUCCAAGUAUGCUUUUGCCACCCUCCACAUACAUAGGGCCAUCUAUAGAGAAAGAGGACUACUGACUGUCAAAGGGAAAGAAAUAAAAAACAAAACCGAAAUCCUCCCACUCCUGGAGGCCGUAUGGAGUCCAGCUCAGAUAGCAGUAAUGCACUGUCAGGGACACACUAAGGGCAACGCAGAAAAGGCCAUAGGGAACCAGCUCUUGGAUCAGGCCGCAAAAGCUGCUUCUAAGAGACAAGACUCUCCAAAAGCUAUAGUGGGCCCUUUGAUCAGCUCCCCCUUAAACACCCAAGAUUAUCAGUCAGCUGAAGAACAAUGGACCAGGCAGACUCGGGCAUCCAGAACAUCAGAAGGCCUGUGGUGGCUCUCUGAAGGAUGA